AUGGCUUCCACACGCCCUAGGACUCGCCAGUGCUGGCGCCGCACCGAUGACUACACCCCCGGCACCCCCAAGCUCCAGCUCGUCACCGAAGACCUGCCCACCAAACUCUCCCCAUGCCAAGUCAUGAUCCGGGUCCACGCCGUUGCCCUGAACUACCGUGAUGCCAAUAUCUCUCACGGCGGCAACCCCUGGCCGGUGACACCUAACGGGAUCAUUUGUAACGACGCCGCUGGUGAGGUCAUCGAGGUUGGGGAGGCCGUGCUGCGUUUCAAGGUCGGGGACAGGGCGGCACCAAACACGGACUCAGAAAACAUCACCGGUCGCGAGGCCCGGCGCUCCUGGCUUGCUGCUGACGAAGAUGGUGUUCUUGCGGACUACCUUGUCUUUGACGAGUCGAAGAUCGCUAAGCUCCCAUCGCAUCUUGAUUGGACCGAGGCGAGCAUCAUUCCUUGCGCCGGCGUUACCGCAUGGUCCGCUCUCAAGGGUCUCCAGGUCGGCCAGACUGCGUUAAUUCAGGGUACGGGUGGUGUCGCCAUGUUCGCCAUAAAGAUCGCCCAGACUGCUGGGUGCCGUGCCAUCCUCACCUCGUCUAGCGAUGAAAAGUUGGAGGAAAUUGCGAAGAAGUUCACCGCGGCUCCUAUUCUUACGAUCAACUACAAGAACAGCAAGUGGCACGAAGAGGUUCUGCGCCUCACGAACGGUGAAGGUGUCGACGUCGUCGUCGAGAACGGCGGCACCGGAUCCCUCGUUCAGAGCAUUCAAUGUACUCGCCGCGGUGGGAUCGUCAGCCAAGUCGGCUACCUAGGCAAGCAGAACCCUGGGGAUCUGAAGGAGCUUCUCCCCACUCUUAUUGACCGAAGGGUUAACCUCAGGGGCAUCAAUGCCGGCUCUGUACGAGACCUUGAGGACCUUGUCACUGCCGCUUCUACUAUGAAGAUGCGAUUCUUUGACAUUAUCGACCGCGUUUUCCCAUUUUCUCAGUCUGAGGAGGCACUCGACUACCUCUGGAACGGGAAGCAAGUGGGGAAGAUAGUUCUCAGGCUGUGA